GGGGGGAGGGCAGCAACUUAAAAGGGGGUGGGAACUGCAGCUAAGGAGACGUUUGCUGAUGGGAGCGCAAUGUACCAGGGGCUACGGUGCCUCAGGUUUAAAAGACCAGGAAGCUGAGUGAGAGAUUUGAGAAAAAGUGUUCGCUAGGCGGAGAUUACAGGUGGUGUCUCGGAAAGAGCUCUGAGACUGCAGGCUGUAGUCGUGAAGAGAAUCAGAGUUGUGUGGAAGGGACAGCUUGGGGAACUAGGGUCCGGGGGUGAGGGGGGAAGUUCGAGACUUUCUGAGGACUGGCAGGAAUGUGCCUCCUGGCCCUGCGUGCUCCCCCCCGGGGGGGAGGCAUCGUGAGGGACUGUGGCAGGCUCCUCUGAACGCUGAGCGCCAGAGGUCCAGCUCCACGUAUGGAUCCAGAGAAUGAGAAUUCAGCCACAGAGGCUGCCGCGAUCAUAGACCUCGAUCCCGACUUCGAACCCCAGAGCCGUCCCCGCUCCUGCACCUGGCCCCUUCCCCGACCAGAGCUUGCUACUCAGCCGUCCAAGCCGCCAGAGGUGGAUCCAGGUCUGGGAGAGAAGGUACACACGGAGGGGCGCACAGAGCCAAUCCUGUUGCCCUCUCGGCUCCCAGAGCCGGCAGGGGGCCCCCAGCCCGGGAUCCUGGGGGCUGUCACAGGUCCUCGGAAGGGAGGCUCCCGCCGGAAUGCCUGGGGAAACCAGUCAUAUGCAGAGCUCAUCAGCCAGGCCAUUGAAAGUGCCCCGGAGAAGCGACUGACACUCGCCCAGAUCUAUGAGUGGAUGGUCCGCACUGUGCCCUACUUCAAGGACAAGGGUGACAGCAACAGCUCAGCAGGAUGGAAGAACUCAAUCCGCCACAACCUGUCCCUGCACAGCAAGUUCAUCAAGGUUCACAAUGAGGCUACUGGCAAGAGCUCUUGGUGGAUGCUGAACCCCGAGGGGGGCAAGAGCGGCAAGGCACCCCGCCGCAGGGCAGCCUCCAUGGAUAGCAGCAGCAAGCUGCUCCGGGGCCGCAGCAAGGCACCCAAGAAGAAACCAGUUGUGCUGCCAGCUCCACCCGAAGGUGCCACUCCGAAGAGCCCUGUUGGCCACUUUGCCAAGUGGUCAGGCAGUCCUUGCUCUCGAAACCGCGAGGAAGCUGAUGUGUGGACCACCUUCCGUCCACGAAGCAGUUCAAAUGCUAGCACUGUCAGCACUCGGCUCUCCCCGCUGAGGCCAGAGUCUGAGGUGCUGGCGGGAGAGGAAAUGCCAGCCUCAGUCAGCAGCUAUGCAGGGGGUGUCCCUCCCACCCUGAAGGAAGAUCUAGAGCUGUUAGAUGGGCUCAAUAUAACAUCUUCCCACUCCCUGCUAUCUCGGAGUAGUCUCUCUGGCUUCUCUUUGCAGCAUCCUGGGGUUACGGGCCCCUUACACACAUACAGCACCUCCCUCUUCAGCCCAGCAGAGGGGCCCCUGUCAGCAGGAGAAGGGUGCUUCUCAAGCUCCCAGUCUCUGGAGGCCCUACUCACCUCUGAUACACCACCACCCCCUGCCAAUGUCCUAAUGACCCAGGUAGAUCCCAUUUUGUCCCAGGCUCCCACACUUCUGUUGUUGGGGGGCAUACCUUCCUCCAGUAAGGUAGCCACAGGAGUUGGCCUGUGUCCCAAGCCCCCAGAGGCUCCAGGCCCCAGUAGUCUGAUUCCCCCUCUUCCAAUGAUAGCACCACCUCCAGUCGUGGUAGCUGCUCCCAUCCCCAAGACCCUGGGGACUCCUAUGCUUAUACCCUCUACUGAAGCUACAAGCCAAGCCAGAAUGCCUCAGGAUCUCGAUCUUGAUAUGUAUCUGGAGAACCUGGAGUGUGAUAUGGAUAACAUCAUCAGUGACCUCAUGGAUGGGGAAGAGGGACUGGACUUCAACUUCGAGCCAGAUCCCUGAGCCAUUGCUGGAAGCUUUGUCCCCUGCUUCAGAGGUGGAGCCAGGGGUGACCAUAUCCACGUUUUACCCUUGGCCCCACACCGGGAAUUUGGGACCCUGCUUUAGAACUAGGGUGGGGUCUACUCACACAGGUGUUGAGAAAGUUAUAAAGAUAAAGCUGCCCCAUAUGGGAACUGUGGGGGGAGGGAAAGGGAGAGGGUUUAUUCUCACUGUGCCAAUUAGGGGGUAAGGCGCCUUCUUGGGAGCCAUCCUUGGCUCCCCCUAUCCCCACCCCCUAGGUUUUGUAGCAGGGGCAGGCUAUGCUGUUGGAAAUGUGAAGUCACCAGUGGCCUUACCCCUGCCUUUGGGAGCAGGAUUUUUUGUAGCGUCUUAUCUGAGCUGGUCCAGGCUAGAUUGAGCCUGGGGUUUUUAUGCAUUGGGGGAGUAGUGGGGACCUGGAAGGGCCAAGGUCUGAGCACUGGAGUGGCUCACCAGGCCAAAUGACCCUUGGGAGACUGCAGAUAACAGAAAGGCUUUAUAUAAACUUUAAAGAUCUAUAAACACAAAUAUAGAGGGUUUUUUAACAGUGGCAAGGUGCUAGUGAUGAAGAAUGCUUUUUUUUUUCUUAAGGCUUUGUCAUAGUGACAUGUUGCAAACACUACAGACAUUACUGGGGGAAACAUGGGGAAGGGGUACGCCAGCAGGAGAGCAGCAGUGGGAAGCAGUACUGAGCAAGGGGAAGCACUCCCAUGUGGACCAGGUGUAGAACAAGGUUGGUGCAAAAAUAGCUCAGACUUUCCCUAAGGAAAAAGCUAAGCCAGCUCCCCAUUCCCACCCCCACCCCACCCCGUCCCGCAUUCUACCACCUUGUGCCUAGGAGUGUGUGGUGUUGGGAUGCAGCCACACAUUCUCGUGACCCGCUGUAAGUUAAUGCUACAGUGGGAGAGUACAUUGAAGGCCUGGAAUUUGUUUGUGGCCUGGGAAGGGGGUGGGAGGGGGAAGAGAAGGAGGGAAGGAUUUAGGGAGGUAAAGUUAGGCACAGAGACCUCCCUGUUCAAGGCCCCUGACAGCUGUUCCUGCCCUUCUUCCCCUUGCCUGACUACUGGGGUUAUGUGGAAGUGUGUGUGGCGGCAGGCAGGAGGAGGGGUGGAACAGGGAAGGGGGAGCUAGGGAGCUUGGCUGAGGGUCUGGGAAAUGAGUGGGGAUGGAGGGGAAUGUGGAUCAGGUUUACUACCACCUGCCAGGGAGGCCAUCUGGGGCUCCUCCACCCCAGCCCCCAAUGUAGCCCCUCCCCCAGUCCCCUUUGCAUUGUUCCCUCCCCCACCCCUGCUGUGGGUUCCCAUCAUUUCCUGUGUCAGCGCCUGGCCUACCCAGAUUGUAUCAUGUGCUAGAUUGGAGUGGGGAAGUGUGUCAAAUCAAUAAAUGAAUAAAUUCAAUAAAUGACUAUAACCA